CACAAACGGUCACACACCACACGUGCAUUUAUUUUGCGAACAGAACGGAACGUGGUUAAAAAAAAGUCGUAGUUAUUAUCCUUUAAUAACGGCUUACCAUGGUGCGGCCUAACAACAACCAGCUGCCGGAAAACCUGCCGCAGUUGCAGAACCUAAUCAAGCGGGAUCCGGAGUCGUAUAGCGAUGAGUUCCACAUCCAGUACCAACACUUUCUCAGCCUGCUGGAGGUUUUUGCGCUGAAUCCCAGUGAAGAGAACAAAUCCCUGGAUGACAUCGUCAUGUUCGUCGCCCAGGUGGCUCAGUGCUAUCCGGCCGUCUGCGAGGAGUUCCCUAAGCGCCUUUCCGAUUUGCUGAAGAACUACGCCACCGUUCUGGAUCCGGCGAUGCGUAAUUGCUUUGUAAAAGCUCUAAUUCUUCUGCGAAACAAGAACCUUGUGCCCGCACUCGACAUACUGGAACUGUUCUUCCAGUUGCUGCGGUGUCCGGACAAGAAUCUGCGCACCUUUCUGCAGACGCACAUUGUGACGGACAUAAAGAAUAUGAAUGCCAAGCACAAGGAUAUGAAGCUCAAUUCGAGCCUUCAGGCGUUCAUGUACUCCAUGCUGAAGGAUGCCAAUCCGAAGGCAGCAAAGAUGUCCGCUGAUAUCAUGAUUGAGCUGUACAAGAAAAACAUAUGGAAUGAUCCUAAGACUGUGAAUGUCAUAGCCACUGUAGGCUGCUUCUCUAAGAUAACAAAAGUGCUGGUCACCUCUCUCAAAUUCUUCCUCGGCCACGACGAAGAGGAUGAAGAGGAGGACACUGAGAGCGAAAAUGAGAUUGACCUUAAGGGUGCUUUGAUGGCCAAUCGAGUUAAUAAGAAAACCAAGAAGCGGACAAAGCAGCUGGCGCAGAUUAAAAAGCAAGCGGUGAAGGCCCAGAAGAAAAAAAAAAACGCUCCCGCCUUUAACUUUUCAGGCAUUCAUCUCGUUCACAACCCGCAGGGAAUGGCCGAAGGGCUCUUUAAGCAACUGCAGGCCACCAACGAGCGAUUUGAGGUGAAACUUAUGCAUUUGGACGUUAUUUCCCGGCUGAUCGGUAUCCACGAGCUCUUCCUUUUCGGGUUCUAUCCGUACAUAACACGAUUUCUGCAACCCCACCAACGCCAGGUGACACGUGUGCUUCAAUUUGCAGCGCAAGCGUCCCACGAACUGGUUCCCGGAGACAUCAUCGAGCCUAUCCUUAAGACGAUCGCCAACAACUUUAUUACUGAACGCAACUCCAGCGAUGUGAUGGCCAUAGGCCUAAAUGCGACGCGAGAGAUUUGCAUGCGAUGUCCCCUGGCCAUGGGAGAGGAUUUGCUACAGGACUUGGCUAUGUACAAGACGUACAAGGAGAAGUCUGUGAUGAUGGCGGCCCGGUCUUUAAUCACACUCUACAGGGAACAGCUGCCAGCCCUGUUGCACAAAAAGGAUAGAGGCAGACAGACCGAGGCCCAGGCUGAACGAAAGGUUCGAGCCUACGGAGAGCGCGAAAUCCACGACACUGUUUUGGGUGCAGAGGCUCUGCUCAAGGACAGUAAGACUAUUGACAUAGAAAGCGAAGACGAUACGGACUCAAACGAUGGGGAAUGGGUUAACGUGGCGCACAGUGAUGGUGAGGGAGGUGGAGCAGAUGAUGAUGAUGAUGAUGAUGAAGAAGAUGAGAGUGAGGACGAUGAUGACGAAGACGAACCGAACAGUGAUGGCGAGGAGGUUGAGGAGGGAGAUAAUUCAGAUGAAGGCGUGGAAAGUGGCGAAGAGUCGGCAAAGGUCAAGAAAGAAAAGAAAGAUAUGAAGAUACUUAACCAAAAAGAGGCUGCCCAGGAACUGGCUCUUACACGCAUAUUCACGGACGAAGAUUUCAAGCGCAUCAACGCCGCCAAUCUUAAGAAGACCGUAACCAGUGCCCGCAAACGACCACUUGAACAGGAUCGCGCCGAGUUCGUCAAGCUGAACAGCAUCGAGAUGAUCUACAAGAAGCGCAAGCACGACAAGGAGUCACGCCUGGAGACUGUGCAGGCGGGCCGGCAGGAUCGUGAGCGCUUUGGCUGGAAGGAUGGACGGGUAAACGAGCACUGCUCCAAGACGAACCGUGAGAAGCGCAAAACUAAGAACUUUGGCAUGCUGCGACACAAGGCGCGCUCCAAGGUUAAGAAGAGCUUCAAGGACAAGCAGCAAGCGCUGAGAAAACAUCUACUGCAUCAGAAAAAGAUGAAGUAGUACCUCCUUGCGUCCCAAGUCUCGUAGUGUUUUAGAUGAAUACCAAUAUAAGACAUAAUUCUAACCAAUUGAUUGUAUAAAGCGUAGUUGGUAGAGUUAUCUGAUUUAUUUCAAUUCAUAUAGACUUUGUACGGUUGCCUAUUCAUUAAACUAUUUUAAAAAAUUAA